AUGACGUUGGUCGAAUCGAAAUCGAAUGUGGAAAUUACAAAACGAUCAAUGAGUGACGACGAAGAAAUCAAAGAUGCCUUGUUCGUCAAUGUUUCAAUCCCAUUUAUUGAGAAUUUUGUGCUCAAAAAUCCAGGAGACUUUUGUGUUUCUACAAACCUCGAAGGCAUUCUUUACCUUUCGAUUGUUGCUCAUCCUAACAAGACCAAAAAGGAGGGACCACGUGUUAUCAAUCUUCGUAUUGAGCAAUCAGGAAAAGAGUAUGUCAUUCCCGGAUUGAUCUUCGCACGUGCUUCUUCCAUGAGAAAAUUAAUUUAUCAAUUGAAAAAUGAGAAUAUUGAUAUUCUUUGCGGAGUUUUGGAUGAGAACUUGUCGAUGGAUUGUCUUCUGGGACAAUCAUCUACCGUAAUGCACAACAUUCAUUUGACGGAUAAACUGAUUACUAAUCAGAAAUCAUUGUAUAGAGAUAUCCAAACAAUGAUCUACACCGGAGAGAUGAAGUUUGCCGACGGCAAAAUCAAAGAGGCAAUUUUCGAACAGAUUUUGCAUUGUAGACCAGGUUCCACAGACCAUAAAGUUUUCUUUGAGAAAAUUGUCAAUGGGAAGGCUCUCUCAAAUAAAAAUCUUCCGAUUCGUCUUCCAAUCGGAGCAAUAUUGACUCCGCCCACUUUGAUCUAUGAAAACAAAGUUGAACUGGGAAGUCUAUUGGAGAGUUUUCUGAAAACCCGUCAGUCUGAAUUGGAUUUGACCCAAAGAAUCAAGUUCUGCUCUUCUGCAGUUCGUAUUCUCUCGGAACUCCAUCAAUGUGAUAUCUACCACGGAGCAUCUCAAAUGGAAAACUUCUACGUUGAGUUUGCUGGCUUCAAACCAAAAACAAUGAAGAAUUACGAACUGGUUUUCAGUGGAGCUAACGGAUUGCUCAUUCAGGGGAAAUCGGACAACACUGUUCAUGUGGUUGAUUAUGAUUCCACUGCUCCAGAAGUUGCAUUCACUCGGAAGCUAACCAAAGAAAGUGGAGUAUUCAAUUUGGGUCGUCUUUUUGAGCAAAUCCUCAAACCGGAUUUGAUUCAAUCUUACAAAGAAGAGUCAGAAGAGCCACGUGCUCUGAAUGAGAUGCGUCAUCUGAUUUCUCGCACUACUCAUCCAAAUCCAACCAGAAGACCCACGAUGCAUGGAGUCGUCAUGAUGAUUCGAGAUAUCCUUCAGAAGAAUACACAAUCAACUUCUCCGAUCAACAUAGUUCAUUUUGAUCAAUUCACUAAAAACUGA